AUGGGACAGGGCAAAGUCUUUCCUCCUGCCCUGCCGAAUCGGGAAGACUAUGUCGUCGACUUCGAUGGCCCCGACGAUCCAGAAUAUCCUUUCAAUUGGCCACUUUCUACCAAACUCCUCAUCUCGACGAUAGCCUGCUUUGCCACGUUUAUCCCUUCAUUCGCCAGUGGAAUCUUCGCACCCGGCGCCGAAGAAGCAGCCAAGGCUUUCAAUGUAGGAUCUGAAGUUGGCAUCCUCGGUACAACCCUCUUCGUUUUAGGAUUCGCCUCCGGUCCUGUCCUCUGGGCCCCCGCUUCGGAGCUGUUUGGAAGACGAUGGCCAUUGACACUGGGCUUGCUCGGAGGUGCCGUGUUCACCAUUGCAUCCGCCGUGUCCAAAGACAUCCAGACGCUCAUUAUUUGUCGCUUCUUUGCGGGGAUGUUUGGGGCCAGCCCACUCGCGGUGGUUCCUGCUGUGCUCUCGGACAUUUGGAACAAUUCGCACCGCGGGGCGGCUAUUUCCGUGUAUGCGCUCUUCGUGUUCGUGGGUCCGUUGAGUGCCCCCUUUAUUGGGGGCUUCAUCACUGCCAGCUCGCUCGGAUGGCGGUGGACCCUGUAUAUUCCGGCGUUUGUUGGCUUUGCUUGGGGUGCUAUCAGCGUGUUCUUCUUGAGAGAGACCUACGCGUCUUGCCUUCUCCUGUCGAAAGCAGCCAUUCUACGGCGGCUAACUGGUAAUUGGGGUAUCCAUGCUAAACAGGAGGAGGUCGAGGUGGACAUACAGCAGCUGAUUCAGAAAUAUUUCACCCGUCCGCUGCGUAUGCUGGUAACUGAGCCUAUCAUUUUGGUUAUCUCCCUCUAUAUGUCCUUCAUCUAUGGGAUUGUGUAUGCGCUUCUUGAAGCGUACCCGUAUGUUUUUGAGUCCGUUUAUGGCAUGAGCAUGGGGAUCAAUAGCCUUCCCUUUAUUGGCAUUAUUAUUGGGCAGCUCGCAGCUUGUGGAUUCAUUCUCUCGCAGCAGUCCGCCUAUGUGAAGAAACUGGCCGCCAACAACAACGUUCCCGUACCCGAAUGGCGUUUGGAAACUGUUGUAAUUGGGGCCCCUGUGUUCACGGCCGGCAUCUUCUGGUUCAGCUGGACUGGCUUUACCGCCAGCAUUCACUGGAUGGCUCCCACGGCGGCAGGUGUACUGAUCGGAUUUGGAAUCCUCUGCAUUUUCCUACCCUGCUUCAAUUAUUUAGUCGAUUCUUUUCUUCCCGUGGCUGCCUCUACCGUGGCUGCAAAUAUCAUCCUCCGAUCCAGCGUUGCGGCAGGUUUCCCACUUUUCUCGAAGCAGAUGUUCGCAAACCUGGGGGUGCAGUGGGCGGGAACACUGCUGGGAUGUCUGUCGGCGAUCAUGAUCCCUAUUCCGUUCCUAUUCCGAGCAUAUGGACCCAGGUUGAGAGGGGAAGGCAGGCAAAAUAGCCGCUGGGGCUAUGAGUGUCACUAUCAGGCUCCGCGACGCGUGAGAGGCAAACCCGCCGACCGGGGAAGCAGCAUCCACGACCAGAAUGAACCCAUCCUCGAUUCGAGUCCCCGACAGGUGGGCCGCUUCACGGAGACCCUCGAGGCCAAUUCGGGAGCGGCCUUUGUGAGGAAAAUAGGCCUCAAGGUUGACCCAGCCAAUGCACCCAAAUUGAACCUCUUUGGCUGGAACGUGGGUAGGCGCAAGUCCCCCACCGGACUCGCCCCGGUCGCGGCCUUUCCUAUUGUCGAGAUCCUCUCGUUGAUGCAGAUGAGAACUCUGGCCAAUGUCUAUUUUGCCAAGAUAGAUCCCUGCUAUGGAUUUAUUGAUUCGAAUGAUUUCUUCCGCCGCAUGGACAGCCGCUGGCAGCCCAACGCGGUGGCGAGUACAUAUGACGGCGUUCUGGCUGGGGUCGCCGCUCUGGGAUGCCUCUUCUCAGGGACCAACAUCAACAUCACUGAGUCUCACCUGGUCGAAUUGGCGCGCUCGAUCUCCGAGACUCAUAUCGGCAGUGUCCGUCCCUCACUACACCUGGUGACCAUAUGGACCCUGCGUGUGGUUUACCUGCGCAUGACUGCCCCUCCGUAUCCAUCCUGGGUGGCAAGCUCGACCUUGAUGCAUUUGAUUGAAGCUUCCAAGCUUCAUCAGUUGUCGGCCGAUGACGACCGUGAUAUCGAUAUCCGACGGAGACUCAUUGGUGUCGCUCAACAUUUGAAUCUCUGGAUCUCCUAUGAUCUGGGCCUUUCCCGAGUCCCACUGGGUGACACACUCGGACUGCCAUCAUCGCGAUCUGGCGAUUUCACCACAGAGCUCCUCGGUCUUCUACCUGUAACCGCCAGCCUGGGUCCGGAGAACCAACGUCCAGAUCAAGAAAUUGAAGAGCUCCUAUACCAGACGCUGGACCGCACUCACACCAAGCCACCCUCUCUUCUGUGCCAAUGCAAUCUGGUCCUUUGUCUUCUCCGUCGCCUUCGGUUGACUAACCUCACGGCAUCGCCGACCACAAUGACCAAAGUCCUCGACCUACUCAGACGCAGUCUAAGCGCAGCACGUGAAAUGGUGGCCGACUGCUCUCCAUGGCAUCAUGUACCCAAUGUGCCGUUUCAGAUGAUCAGUAUCAUUCUUGAGAUGGACACCAGCCCCGCACUCGAGCUACUGCCGGAAGCCAUGCAGACACUGAGAGUGGUGGCCUCUACCUACGACACGGAGACCAUGAGAGAAGCGUACAACACAGCAUGUUUGCUGAUCCUUCUUUAUGAACGGCGGAGACGCGCGGACACUAGACUGUUGAGUACAGUACUGCAAGAAUAUCAGCAGUCACCUGCCACAGAGUCGCCACUUCAACAAAUGCCAACCUCUGAUGAGGUAUCUUGGUUAGAAGGGCUGGUGGCUGAUGUACCAACCUUACAGGGUCUGGACUUCAGCCAGUUUUUGCAGCCGGACAUGCUUCGAAUGUCUCCGGAUGUUUCUGCCUGGGGAAACAAGUCGGGAUGA